AUGUGGGACUUUAAGGUACAAACAGACCACCAGCUUGAACAUCAUCUGCCAGAUCUCGUGUUUUAUGACAAACAACAGCAGUCAUGUCAACUUAUUGAUGUAGCAUGUCCAUUUGACACAAGGGUGGAAAACAAGAUGAAAGAAAAAAUCGACAGAUAUCAAGAGCUAAAGAGCGAAAUCAAGAGAAUAUGGAAAUGUAAACAAGUCGACAUCAUACCAGUGGUGAUUGGAGCCCCAGGAACCAUCCAUCGUGACAUGCCAGAGUGGAUGAAGAAGUUAGAGAUGCAUGAACCAAUUGGAAAGAUUCAACAAGCUUGUAUCCUAGGAACAGUAAGGAUACUAAGGAAAGGCCUUGACACCUAA